AUGCGAGCGAUGAAGCUGCAAAAACUUGUGCUCUGGGCGCAAUUGCUAAGCCUGGCAAUCGCCGAAGAUCCUUGGCAAUAUAAUAAUCCGCACUAUGCAAAUGCACAGUAUGUGAAAAUGCUAACAGGCAAUAACAACAAGGAGCAGGAGGCUCCUGCAUUGGGCAACUUGCAAUAUCAAUAUGUGGACUAUCAACCGAAUUGCCGCGCUGGCGUCGGGGAACCCGUUUGUGCUACAGAUGGCAAAACUUUUCACUAUUUUGAAAAUGAUUGCAAGCUGGAGGCGCAUAAUAUGAAAUUACUUUUUCAAUAUGGUCACGAACUUGAACCCACCGAAAUGGAACGUUGUUUGCCCAACUGUGAAAACAUCAAAUGCACCACCCACUAUGAGCCCGUGUGUGCUGCCGCUGUGGAUGGCCAACAGCAGGGUCAGGGCAUUACUUUUGGCAAUGAGUGUGAAGUGCAGCGACGUCAAUGUGUCACCCAACAGACUUUUCACAUACUCAACAAGGGCAUUUGUCAGCCGAGCAAACAAAAGAGGAAAUCAAGACGCAAGAGCAAAGGUAAACGCAAGCUGCGACGCAAGUCAAGCAAAACCACAAGCACCAGCACCACCAGCACCACAACCACCGAAAUGCCUAUCGAAUCACACUUCUAUGAUACGCUAACCACAACGUCAACCACAAGCGCCACACCAGCAAGUCAUAUGCCAAUGCAAUUUCGACAAUAUUUGGGCUUAGCUAAUUCGGAUGUUUCAGUUUCUAGAGCUGUCAAUGCCUAUAGCGUAUAUAAUAUAGACGAUGUUGGGCUUAAUUAUGGUGCCAUAACCGAUUCAAGUUUGUCCCUAUAUUUGCCUGGCAUAGGCACAGUUACAGAUACACCACCCAGCACCACCAGCACCACAACAACAACGACGACAACAACAACAACACCAAAGCCUAGCACCACAACAGUUGAAAAUGAAGUUAAAUACUUCUAUAUGCCAUUUACAAAACCAACUAGCACCAGCACUAGCAGCACCACCUCCACCAGCACCACCAACGCCACGCCUACUACAACAGCCAUAGCCACAACAGAUGCAACCACAACAGCACUGGAGUUAGAGACAACCACACUGGCUACAAUUUUCAAGCCGCAGGCAUUGGCUGCACCACAAAUUGCACAAAAUGCCACCGCCACUAAAUCAACCACUGAGUCCAUAAAAAGCGCAAGCUAA